GUCAUGUCAAACGGUCGUGAUAGGAUCGUUACUCUAUAUCUUUGUAAUAAUGUAAAAAUUGAAAGAUCUUUCCCAAAUCAUCUUGCACAAUACACCCCCGAUCUAUUGAAGUAUUCAUGCCCCUCUAGAAAUGGGCCUGCACACACGGAUUAAAGCAUGUGCGCCCAUAAACGCCAGAGAUCAGUCCAAACGUUUUCCACAGAGCUUCGGUAGUAUUAAAUGGCAAAAUGCGUGUUGCGUGUCGGCCGUUCACGUCACGCGCGCUCACCUGCAAAGGUCAAGAGAAAAAUCAUUCUCUGCAACACAUUCUGUGGUUGUGAUUCAUGGCAACUCAAGGUCAAGUUAUCACAUGCAAAGCUGCGGUGGCCUGGGAACCCAACAAGCCUUUGGCGAUCGAGGACGUUCAGGUUGAUCCACCGCAGGCUGGUGAAGUCCGUGUUAAGAUUCUAUUCGCUGCUCUCUGCCACACGGAUGCUUAUACGUGGAGCGGCAAGGAUCCUGAAGGUCUCUUCCCAUGUGUUCUUGGUCAUGAAGCUGCGGGUAUAGUGGAAAGUGUCGGUGAAGGUGUUACUGAGGUUCAGCCUGGAGACCAUGUUAUACCAUGUUAUCAAGCAGAAUGCAGGGAGUGCAAGUUUUGCAAAUCAGGAAAGACAAAUCUUUGUGGAAAAGUAAGGGGUGCUACCGGAGUUGGAGUCAUGAUGAAUGACCGCAAGAGUCGGUUUUCAAUCAAUGGGAAGCCCAUCUAUCACUUCAUGGGUACUUCAACAUUCAGUCAAUACACUGUAGUCCAUGAUGUCAGUGUAGCUAAGAUUGACCCAAAGGCACCUUUGGAAAAAGUCUGUCUUCUAGGCUGUGGUGUUCCAACAGGUCUUGGAGCAGUUUGGAACACUGCAAAAGUUGAGCCAGGUUCUAUCGUUGCUGUCUUUGGCCUUGGGACUGUCGGUCUUGCUGUCGCAGAGGGUGCUAAAGCUGCCGGUGCUUCACGGAUCAUUGGGAUAGAUAUUGACAGCAAAAAGUUUGACACAGCUAAGAAUUUUGGUGUGACUGAAUUCAUCAAUCCAAAAGACCAUGACAAACCAAUACAGCAGGUUAUUGUAGAUCAAACUGAUGGUGGUGUUGACUAUAGUUUUGAGUGCAUUGGGAAUGUCCAAGUGAUGAGGGCUGCUCUAGAGUGCUGUCAUAAGGGUUGGGGAACAUCAGUUAUUGUAGGUGUAGCAGCAUCUGGACAAGAGAUAUCAACUCGUCCAUUCCAGCUGGUGACUGGCCGAGUUUGGAAGGGAACUGCAUUUGGCGGUUUCAAGAGCCGCUCACAAGUACCUUGGCUUGUGGAAAAGUACAUGAAAAAGGAGAUCAAAGUGGACGAGUACAUAACCCACAACUUGACACUUCCAGAGAUCAAUGAGGCCUUUGAUCUGAUGCAUGAGGGAGGCUGCCUUCGUGUUGUACUGAGUAUGCAUGCAUGAAUGAUGCGAUUGGUUCAGAUCGCUUUUAUCUUUUGGUAUGGUGUGGAUUUGUGGAAAUCUUCAACCCUCCCUCCAUACCCCCUCCACAGUCCACACUUGAAUAAGAUCAGAUGAUGAUAUGUUUGUAAAUUUUCAUAUUCUAGAGACAUGCAUGGUUGGGAAUUUGGGUUAUCAUAUUUAACAUGUCUCUUCAUUUCUUUUUUGUCAGUCUAGCUAUUUUAAUUGUUGUUCCUCUCUCCCUACGAACUUGAGUGCCUUUAUAGUCUGCGAU